ACUGCCGUUAGUGAAUCAGCUUCCCUAUUUCGUGAUUUACCCACAUUAUUAUUUUUACCUGACGAUGCCGCGGGAUUGCGAAUUCCUGGUGGUCGGUGGCGGCAUCGCUGGCGUCAGCUGCGCCGAGUCCUUGGCCAUCUGCCGACCCACUGCCUCCGUCCUCCUGCUCACGGAAUCAAGCAUUGUUAAGAGUGUCACGAAUCUAGUGCCGGUGGCUCGUUAUCUCCACAAAUUCGAUGUGCGGGAACAGGAUGUCUCCGAAAUGGGGGCCACUAUCGAAACGCUGGUGGACCAACUGGAUCACAUCAACAGCAUUGAGCACUGGAUCCGCACUAGAAAGGGUGUGGUGGUCAAGUAUCGCUAUAUCUGCUUGUGUACUGGCGGAGCACCCAAACUAUUCAGUUCUGGUGAAGCAGUAGAACCCCGCAUUAUUGGCAUUCGGGACACAGACUCUGUGCUUGAACUGCAGCGGAGAUUGGCGGCAGCCAAGGAUGUUAUGAUCCUUGGAAAUGGAGGCAUUGCCAGUGAGUUAGCCUACGAGCUAAAGGAUGUCAAUGUCCAUUGGGUGGUGAAAGAUGCACACAUAUCGGCAACCUUUGUAGAUCCGGGAGCAGCGGAGUUCUUUCAGCUGGCCAGAAAUGAAGUGGAUACAAAGGAUUCCUCUCCGGUAACGGCUAUUAAACGAAUGCGUUAUGGUGAACUACUGUCCAAGGAGCAGGAUAUCAAACAUGGAGCCGCUUUGGGUCCGGACUGGCACCGCACCUUCGAUUUGAGUGGGGCAGCUGGAAAGCAAGAUAAACGCCUGCCAAAGAUCUACUACAAAUCUCACAUAGAGUCCUAUAAGGAACUUGCCGAGGAAGCAGGCCUUAAAAUCCAGUUAAGCCACGAGGACGGGAGCUCCGAGCAGCUUACCUGUGAUUUCAUCGUUUCCGCCACGGGUGUCCUGCCGCGGCACGAGUACACCUGCGAUUGCCCAUUGAAGUUUUCCGAGGAUGGUGGCAUUUCCGUGGAUGAAAUGAUGCGUACCAAUCUUAAGGAUGUUUAUGCUGCCGGUGAUGUAUGCACGGCCAGCUGGUCACCGGCGAUGCACUGGUUCCAGAUGCGCCUGUGGACUCAGGCCCGGCAAAUGGGCUCCAUGGCGGGCAGGAGUAUGGCAGCCGCUAGUGAGGAUGAAACCGUGUACCAGGACUUUUGCUUCGAGCUCUUUGGCCACGUUACCAAGCUAUUUGGCUAUCCUGUCGUCUUGCUGGGGCGCUUCAAUGGCCAGGACCUGGACAGGAACUACGAAAUCUUGGUGCGCUGCACUCGCAAUAAGGAGUACAUUAAAUUUGUGCUGCAGAAUGGCAGACUGCGAGGUGCUAUCCUCAUCGGUGACACCGAUCUUGCCGAAACCUGCGAGAACCUCAUCCUAAACGGCAUUGAUUUGGAGCCCUACGGCGAUGAUAUACUCAAUCCCGACAUAGACAUCGAAGACUAUUUUGAUUAGUUUAUUAAGGGCUAGCUUAAAGUAUUAAAACAUUUAGAACAGUU